CUGCUAUCGUCGUCGUCUUGUGUGUGUGUGUGUGUGUGUGUGUGUAUGCGCGUGCCUGCAACAACAACGGGGCAGAGCGAAGAAAGAAAGAGAUAUAGAGAGAGAGAUUGAAUAAAGGAAAAGGAUAGAUAUAUACAUGCCACCACCAGAACCCGACGAGAACAGUGCGUUACUGAGCACCACCACCACCGCGAAGAUGAACACCAGCAAAACGAAAACCAAAACAAAAACAGAUCGAAAACGCGUCCUCAUUGUUGGCGCUGGAGCAGCUGGCAUGUCAUGUGCACACCACCUAGCCAACCAUCCCGAAAAAUUCGACGUCACGCUGAUCGAGGCGGUGGAUUACUGCGGCGGGCAGGCGUUUUCCAUCCCCAUCGAUAAAGAGCGGCACGGAGCUGCUUGGUUGAAUCAAGGGGUGCAAGGGGGAAGUUAUAUCUUUCAUCAUACUAUGACGAUGUUUGCGCGGAUGGGGUAUCAUGCCGAUCCUGUGGAGUUGCAUGUGUCGUUUGGAAAAGGCGAUUUAUUCUGGACAAACGUCUUCCCCACCGAACUCCUGGCGCGCCAUCAAAAGGAGAUCCGCCGCUUUGUGAAGAUGUUGAAGAUUGUGCGGUGGUUUGAAAUCUUCUUCGCCCUCAUCCCUAUCAAGUACCUCUUGAAGAUGUUUUUCUUCUCCGAGGAAUUCGCAAAUUCAAUCGUUUUGCCCAUGGUUGCGCUGUUCUUGGGUACUGGAAACUAUACGCCCGAAGUCCCGGCUAUUAUAAUGGAGAGACUGUGUACGAGCCCGACGUAUGGCAUGUGGUAUCCGGCCGAUAAGCUUAGCGUGGCCAGCAAUCAACCUCCCAUGGUCGUGUUUCCGAGGUUUGGGAGUUUCUACGACGACUGGAGGAAGGAUUUAAUCGGUAGGGGUGUGGAUGUGAGGUUGUCGACCGAGUGUACAAAGGUCGUGAAGAGGGGGAAGGAUGGCGUUGUCGUGAACAUCGUCAAGCGCACGCCGGUGCCGGAUGAGCAUAAUCCCAACAGCGCGUGGGUGCCGCAGGAAGACGGGACUGCCGAUGCAGGGGCGCAGGAAUCGCAGGAACAGUACGAUGAGAUUGUGCUCUGCGUGCUCGCCGACACAGCAAAACGCAUCCUCUCCACCACGGCCUCCACCCUCGAAUCCCGCAUUCUAGGUUCGGCAAAGUUCUCAGACGACAUCACAGUAACCCACUGGGACAGCGACUACAUGAAGAAGCACUACGAAAACUUCUACACGCCCUCGCAAGCCGUCUCGACCCUCUCCAAUACCCCACAAACCCACCGCAACGAAUUCGCCCAACAAUCCUUCAAACCAAUGUACAUGAUAAAAACGUACCCGCAAGACCGCUCCAAACUAGAAAUGUGCUUCGACUGCACAAACUACCAAUCGCAAUUCCCACCCUCGGUCCCCUUUGAAUCCCACGUCUUCCAAACAAUCUACCUCAACAAACAGCGCGACUCGCACCUCUGGACAAUCGACGAAAUCGCGCCCGACAAAAUCAUCAGAAAGGAUUGGUGGCACCAGCUCUGCCACUCGUGGACGCACUACCUCUUCGUGGUGCCGUGGCUCUGGCUGCUGCAGGGGAAGCGCCACACGCGCUUCGCGUCGUCGUGGACGCUCGUCAACGCCCACGAGGUCGCCGUCAUGAGCGGCAUCGCCGCGGCCGUCGACCUCGGCGCCGCGUACCCCGAGGACCUCGAGCGCGACCGCUUCGCCGUGCUCGCGUUCCGCUUGUAUUAUCUGCUUGUGUAUGGGAAGUGGUAUCGCAAGCGCGUUGGCGCUGAGGGGGAUGGCAAGGACUGGGCGAGCGGGCUGUAUGGGAGUGUUUAUCGUGGACCCGGGGUUGUGGGGGUGGAGAGACUUACUUGGAGGGAGGAGAAUGGGGUUGUGGAAACCUUACUACAUCCCUCCACAGCUAUCUCUCCUAUCUUAAUAAUACUCCCUCUACCUUCCCGCUGA